AUGCUGCCAAAAGUGCCCGUCCCGACGCUGGAGCAGACGAUGGCCGAGUACGUGCGGGUGUUGCAACCGAUCGCAACCCCGCAACAGCUCGACAGGACCAAAGCGAUCAUUAGGCAGCUGAGUGCUAGACUUGGACCAGCUCUGCAGCAAUACCUGCUCGAGCGUCGUGACACCGAAGAGAACUGGGCGUACCACUACUGGUUGAACGACAUGUACAUGGACAAUCCACUUCCGCUGCCGAUCAACUCGAAUCCUGGAAUGGUGAUGCCACCGCGCAAGUUCACCACCGUCAACGAUCUGGCUCGAUUCGCGGCUCAACUCGUCGAUCAGCUGAUGGACCACAAGGAGAUGCUGGAGAGUGGUGCCCUCAAGCAGGAACGAGCAACUUCACGCGAGAAAGGUCAACCACUCUGUAUGGCGCAGUACUACCGGCUGUUGGGAUCCUGCCGACGUCCUGGGAAUCCUCGCGAUAGUCAGUUUUUGCCAGCACCAGGCGAGCAGAGUGACGCCCACGUGAUCGUGUGCUGCCGGAAGCACAUGUACUGUGUGCCCGUCAAGGCUGGUGAUCGAGGCCGUUUGAACGAAAGCGAACUGGUGGCGCAACUGCUGCACAUCCUGAACGAAGCACCCUGUCUGCCGGAGUUGGAAUCGGGUGGAAUUGGUCUCCUGACGGCAGAACCACGUCCACAAUGGGCUGGCGAUCGUGAAAUGCUGUUGCUUGAGGAACAAAACGCACGCAACAUCGAGCUGAUCGAGACGGCACUGGUGUUGGUGUGCAUCGACGAACCACUACCACUGACGUACAAUGCACGUGGCUUUAACGGAUCUCCGGCAGGAGCGCAUUACGCGGGUGGUCGGGAUGAAAGCAACAUGGCGCAUGAGAUGAUCCACGGUGGUGGAAGUGCGUGUAAUAGCGCCAAUCGUUGGUUCGACAAAACGAUGCAGUUGAUCAUCUGCAGCGAUGGAACGUGGGGUCUUUGUUAUGAGCAUUCGCCUUCUGAGGGUAUUGCUGUGGUACAGCUGCUUGAAGGUAUCCUGGGGCGUAUCGAUGAGACGCCGGCAGGACGGGAAGGAUCGACAGAGCAGCUCCAACGUCAGCAGUCCCAUUUGCCGCCUCCGGAGAGGCUCGAGUGGGUUGUGCGGCCGGAGAUUGAGCGACGGUUGAGGGAGGCUGCCCGUUCGCUUGAUAAGCGCAUCGAAGAUCUAGACUUUUACGUGUACCGCUACAAACCGUACGGCAAGAACUUCAUCAAGGCCUGUCAAGUCAGCCCGGAUGUGUACGUCCAGUUAGCCCUGCAGUUGGCGCACUACAAACUGUACGGACACCUGGUCAGCACGUACGAAAGCGCCUCCACCAGACGGUUCCUGCUCGGACGGGUCGACUGUAUCCGAUCAGCUAGCACGGAAGCCCUCGAGUGGGCUAAAGCCAUGUGCCAGGGUGAAGGUCCUAACGUGACACUCGAGAGCGACAAAGAGGACGACUACAGCGCCGAAGCCACAUCGGAUGUCAAAAAAAAGGACCACCUGAGGGAGCUGUUCCGUUGUGCCGCCGCUCGACAGACAGAGGUCAUGGUGCAGAACAUUCUGGGUUACGGCAUCGACAUACACCUGCUCGGAUUGCGGGAGGCUUGUCGUGAGCAGGAAGGAACCCUACACGAUCUGUUCACCGACGAGUGCUAUAAAAUUGCUAACUGUUUUCUUCUUUCCACCAGCCAGGUGGCCUGCUCAACGAACAGCUUCAUGGGAUAUGGACCAGUGACUCCACACGGAUACGGAGCCUCGUACAAUCCGCACCCGAACGAGAUCAUCUUCUGCAUUUCAGCGUUUUUCGCGUCAGACAAAACGAGUGCGUCCCGAUUCGCGCGCUCGCUGCAGGAUUCGCUUGAUGCGAUGCGGGACCUUCUGUCCUAGAGCGGUCGUCCUGCCGCAGGAUCGCCGCAGGUGUCGAUCAACAUGCAUCAAUCGCCCGGUGGCCUUAAACGAGCUCGAGAAGAGAAAAGCUAGGUACACGCGAUGGAACAACAUGAGAGCUAGAUAGGAAGGCUGGGAAGGUUUUCCACGUUCAAGCAACACCAACAGCCACUCGAAGCCUGGCUGAAGGAAGAAAAAAGCGAGCUAAAAAAAAAGGAAGUUAAAUGGGGAUGGGAACUCGCGAUCAAGCGUAACUGUAAGUAUUUGCGUUGGCAACCAACGAUCACGAAACAUAUCAAGAAACGAAACAUAUCAGUUUUAACGAACGGUCUGUGUGCUGUUCUCGCAUCGUGUCGAUUUGAUCCUUCACCCCCGGAAAGGAUCGACCGAUCGGGACAACCAAAGAAACGGAUACAUAUCAUUAGUCGAUAAGGCAACCUGCUGGAAAAGCAGAAUCCAUAUACAUAUAUACAGGCAUAGCGCUACACGCGGUAUAUACAUGGUUAUAAGAAGUUAGAAGCACUAGGCACGCUACCUUUGGAGCGAUUCAGGAAUUGUUUGCUCGUUUUGCUCGCCCUUUCAUGUUGAACCUUGCGAAUUGUGACGCUUCCCAGCGAUCGAGCAAAGUAUUACUUCCGCUUUUACCGUUUUGGUGUUGUGUUAGGGGGCACCGUUGUGAAAGGGAAAAUCCUACCGAUCAACCAGCCGUGUUAACAGCAAUAUGUUAAUGCCCUCUCUUCAGCUGCCUCCGUUGACCCUUUUGACCACCGGAAAUGGGCCUGAAAAAGGGCGGGCUAGAAGAUGUAAUUUUAAAUUCGUUUUGCCUUGAGCGUGCUUGGUAGUAAGUAAGUUAGAUUCCGUUACCAAUCCUACAGGAAAUCGUUGUGCAUUGCUGAGACUUAAAGAUAAACUAUCUGUUUGCUGUUUGCAUGCUACGCAUUUAUCUCGCAGCUAGCUGUUAAGGCUCCACGUAGGUAUCUAUAUAUCGUUGAGUGAUGUGACCGCAUCUAAACGAAAUAUUUAAAACAAAAAAAGUUUGUUAAAUUAUCUCUAAACACAGCAACAGUAUCAGACAGUUAUAUUAAUCGUACCUUAUAAAGUCCACUAAGGAGCUAUAAGUCUUAUUACAGCGAAAUCACUGUUAAACGUAUUUGAGACAAAUUGUUACACGUAUUUCUAUCGGUUUUCUUCAACUGUCCGUUAGGUUAACAUUUAGCUUUACUCGUUAAUGCUUAGUGCUGUUUACAUUUCCAAAAUGUGUGCUUAAUUGAUACAGAGGAGUUAUUAAUACCAAAGUUUAAUGCAUUGUUAUUUUGGGUUCGCUUCAAGUUGAUCCCGACUUGCUCGAGUUUAUUUCUGUUAGUACAAGGGAAACAUAGGAGUACAUCAUGCAUACUUAAAUCACACAAGACCGAUGCGCAAGCAUCGAAUAUUAUAUGGCGACCUUAAAACGCAUAAUGCACCACUCUGCCCGAUGGGAACCGUUUGUGCAUCGUAUCGCACAUACGCUCCCCGGCGAGAACCAACAUAUAUGCCCGCACAGUAUAUCUUGUCCAUUCAUCGUUAGGCGAGUAGAAUCGUAUGAUUCAGAUUAAAACUUAAUCGCAGUUGUACGUAGCGGCUGGGCGAUGGUAGAUGAGCAUUUAACAUUAGUGCACGAAGUUUGGCAAGGUUAGUGCCGUUUCCCAUCGCUAGAGGGCGAGCCUCAAAUGUGGACAAACGCAAGCGUAAUAAACACCAUUGGAAGAAUUUCAAUGCCCAGUUUGCUAAAGCCGUUACAGAAACAUUAGAAUAGUGCUUGCCGCAAGCAGGCGAUUGUGAGGAAGAUGAGACGAAACGAAGUAAAUUAUUGUGCAAAACGUAACCUCAAACUUAUGUGCUGCUGGCAACAUUAUCCUACUCGUAUAUAGUUCGUGACCACCUGUAACAGCCAGCAGCACUACGGUGAGCGUUCGUUUUUGCAGUUGUUCGGCUGCAAGCUGAAACACGCAUUCCCUCAAUGUCAAAACAUAUCAACGUUAGGAACCUGGUUACAUAUCGAUAUUAUUCUAUAUAAAACGAAUGCGUAUCCUUUUUCAACCGAACAAGGAUCAUCUCUACACAUGUCACAUUUUUGAGCAAUCAUGUUAAGGAGCCGGGUACCGAGGGAGCUCUACGUCCCGGCGCUGUUCGGUGCUAAGGAUUGCUCCCCGGAAAGGCCCACUUCAUGGCUGAAGGCGAGUCUUUUAGUAGAAAAAAAAAACAAUGCGUAUAACGUGUGUAUUAUUUAUCGACUAGUCGCGCCCAUGUGAUCGAGAUCGCUCUCGAUCGUUAGAGUAUGUUGGACGAAACGCGCACGUUUUGCUUUACAUCAGCGUUCUAAAGCGGAAACGAGUAUUACAGGCUUUUAGGUGUAGGCAAGUGUUUAAAAACGAUAGCUCAGCCGCACUAUAGUCCGCGCUUAUUGUUCACUGUUAGCGCUUGUCUGUGGGACGACACUGCAGAUGCUGUGUGUGACUGUGGUUUUGUCCUCAAAAAGGCGCAAUCCCGAGCCUAGUAGCUGGUUAGCGAACGUGACACCGCUUAGCAAAACGUAACCAUAAUACGAAUUCCUAAUUUAAGCUGCUAGAGGCAGCUGUCCUGUAAACUAAAAUGCCCAGUGCUCUGUGCCCCGAGCUGAGCAAAGCUGGCCAAUACGUCACGCAGGCGCGGCGAGUUUCGCUGGGCUUGAGGUGUAGUUCCCAGGGCGUAUGACUAACUGAGUGAAUAAAACCAUAAACCAAUAGAAGUUUCAAAA